AUGGCCACGGUAGCCAGACAGCUUGCGGAGAUAUGGUUUCUUUACGGUAUUGGCAUUCUCAUGAUUGCCGCGCGAGUGUUCUGUCGCACGGAAUUGGUGGGCUGGAGAUGUUAUCAGCCAGAUGAUUACCUCGUCAUCAUUGUUGCAUUCCUAUGGACUAGCACAGCAAUUUCAGGCCACAUCUUCAUUGCUUCCGCUCAAGGUCUACAUACCUCCGAUCUCAAUCACGAUGAACGGAAAAACAUGCCAGAAGAAGACUACGGAAAGUGGGCUUUUGGAACGCAGAUGUUCAUGCUUAGUCUUAUCCUCUACGUUGUUGUUCUAUGGUCGCUCAAGUUCAACAUGCUAUGGCUGUAUAAGCGAGUUGUUCGAGGACUAUGGACGGAAAGGUUUAUUAAGCCUCUGAUGGUGCAAGUGGUUGUCUCGCUGAUUAUUAUUAUCUUGACGCUGGCCUUGACAUGCCGGCCAUUUCAUCACCUAUGGCAAGUCUGGCCAGAUCCUGGAGCACAUUGCACCCCGCAGAAUCUAACAUUCUUUAUUCUCAUCUUGUCUUUCAAUCUAAGCACGGAUAUUAGUAUCAUUCUUGUCCCGAUUCCAGUGGUCAUGGGCAUCCGAGCGAAGCCCUGGAAAAAGUUCGGCCUCUGCAUAUUAUUUAGCCUGGGCUUCUUUUGCAUGACUGCUGCGAUUUUACGAUUCGUCCUCAUAUUCAAGUUGGACCGGCGAGGCGAGUCUGUUCUCUGGUCGCUUCGCGAAGAUUGUAUCGGUAUCUUUGUCGGCCAAGCACCCAUGAUAACACCACUCUUCAAACGUCGCUUCUGGGUAACUACUGGCUAUUUGUCACCAAAGGCAGAAGCCAGGAGGAAGAGUAGACAGCCGCAAGACGCAAAUCGGCGUGACAGCUAUCCACUUUACUGGCUAUCGCGACGGCCCAAUUACGCAGCCCCGGGCCCGUAUUCCAUCACCGCCAUUGAGUCGAUAUCGGAGAGUCAGGAAGAUAUUGUCAUGAUGAAUUCAGGGCUCCCGACAAGACCGGAACCGCUCUAUGAUUCAUCGAAUGGGAUUAUUGUUGAGAGGCGGGUUGAUAUUGAGGCUGCUGAUGGGACACAUACGAUUGUGACGCAAAGAUCGGAGGUUGUCAUAGGCCAGAAACAGUUUGUAUAA